CUGAACCUGCAUGUGGUGGCUCGUUUUCGGAUGCUUCAGGUUCAUUUUUUGGCCCAUAUUAUGCUGCAGGCAAUAGAAUGCUAACUUGUGUCUGGAGAAUUAACUCCCCUGAGUACUAUCCAAUAAGAAUAAACCUUGAUUAUAUAAACUUAGACUGUGCUAGUGAAUAUAUUGCUGUCUAUAAGGGAGAGCCACAGACAUCAACCCUACUUGGGAAAAUAUGCGAAGGAGAAAAGACGUUUUACUCUUAUUCAGGCAUGAUGACCUUGGUACUAUACAGACAUUCUAAUACAGAAGGUCAAGGCUUCAUUGCAUUUUAUGAUGUAGGAGCGGCUUACACAACUCCAUUGCCAAUAGCUGACCUCACAACUCGUCUUGAAGAAACAAGUGGAAUAGGUGUUAUUGGAGAGACUAGCGCUCUUCCAACUUCUCCAAGUCGAACUGCUAUCAUAUUAACUCACUCAUCAGAAAAGGCCACAAGUAAGAAAAUCCACACUUUUAUUUUCUAUAAUCAUGCACUGAUGAGUGAUGAAAAAUUUAGUCUAGUAAUUGUUAUAUUAACAUCACUUAUUGCACUUCACGUAUCAAGAAACAAUGGAAGGAACAUCAGGGGGUUUAAAGAAGUGUUGGAGCCAGUCAGAGAAGUAAUUCUCAACUGAGAGAGUCUAUUCACU